AUGGUAGAUCAGCUUGAAGGAAACCCAGACAUCCCUGUGAGGGUAGUUCAAGAACAGUUUCAAAGAAAGUAUUCUGUGGGGAUUUCUAGGAUGAAAGCUUAUAGAGCUAAGGUAAUAGCUAAGAAAAAUGUUGAAGGAGACCAUGUAACUCAAUAUUCUUUACUAAGGGACUAUGCCAAUGAAUUAAUCAACAAAAACCCAGGUACCACUGUGAAGAUAGAGCUUGAGUUGGGUAAAAAUCCUGGGGACCAAGAAAGACAGUUUAGAAGAAUCUAUAUAUGUUUGGCAGCUUUAAAAGAGGGUUUUAAGGCACUUGGCAGGGAUUUAUUGGGACUGGAUGGGGCUUUUAUGAAAGGGCCAUUCCCAGGCCAGAUGCUAACUGUAGUCGGUGUGGACAACAACAAUGGAAUAUACCCAAUUGCUUAUGCAAUAGUCGAAUCUGAAAAUCUCAGCUCAUGGACAUGGUUUUUGGAGUUCUUGGGAAGUGAUCUUGAUUUGGGAGGUAACUCAAACUUCACAUUCAUAAGUGAUAGACAAAAGGGAAUAGUGCAAGCAGUUACAAGGUUGUUUCCCUGUGCUGAGCACAGAUAUUGCCUUAGACACAUCUAUGAGAAUAUGAGGGGAACCUUUAAAGGAGAUCUAUACAAAAACAUGCUCUGGAAGUGUGCUUCUGCUACUACUAUUCCUGAAUUUCAAACAGCCAUGGAUGAGUUGAAAGCCUUUAACAAGAAAGCACACUGGUGGUUGUCUAAGAUCCCACCUUUACACUGGACAAGAUCACACUUUUCUGGUAUGUUACUUAUUCAUAGAUAUACUGGUAGGGCAGUGUCUGAUGUUUUGUUAAACAAUAUGUGUGAGUGUUACAAUGGAAAGGUGAUUGAAGGCAGGGACAUGCCAAUAAUAUCUACACUUGAGUACAUCAGGGAAUAUCUUAUGAGAAGGAUUGUGACAGUUUUGAAAGUAAUAGAAAAGUGUGACGGAUUGCUAACACCAAGAGCCACAGAACUGUUAGAGGGGAUCAAGAAAGAUGCAAGGUUGCCUUGCAGACAUGCUGUGGCUGCACUUUGGUGUAUGGCUGAAAAUGUAGGAAGGGUUGGGGCUAUAGAGAGUUGGGCUCAUCCAGUGCACACAAUGGAAAUAUGGAGGCUGGUGUAUUCUCACAAGAUAAACCCAUUGAAUGGCAGGGCUUUGUGGACAAAAAUUGAACUUCCGACAAUUAUCACACCACCUAAGCAUCAUAAUCAGGUGGGAAGACCAAUGAAGUUAAAGAAGAGGUCUGCGGCUGAAAUUGAAGACAUGAGAUAG